AUGGCUCCCAAGCCCAACCCAGCUAGACCCGACACCAACCCGGUGCAUGGUCAGACGGUCGAGGACAAGCCGGCCAACCCCACCCCCCAACCUUCUUCCUCCGGUCCAUCGGCGCGCGAACGACUGGCCUCGCUCGCUUCCCACCUCUUGCCCAACGGCAACACCGAGUUCGACUAUGUCAUUGUCGGUGGUGGCACAGCCGGUGCUGUGCUUGCGAACCGUCUCACGGAAGACCGCAACGUCUCUGUCGCCGUGAUCGAAGGUGGCCCUUCGGACGUCGGGAACGACAUGGUGCUCGACCUCAAGCGCUGGCUCGAGAUGCUCGGUUCCGAUCUCGACUACGACUACCCCACGGUUCCCCAGCCUCGUGGAAACUCGUUCAUCCGUCACUCUCGCGCUCGUGUCCUCGGCGGUUGCUCUUCGCACAACACGCUCAUCUCGUUCCGCCCCUUCAACGAGGACCUGGACGACUGGGCAAACAACUACGCUUGCCCUUCGUGGUCCGCCAGCACUGUUCAGCCUUACGGAGAUCGUCUCAAGAUGAACAUCGUUCCCGUUGCACCUCAGCAGCGCAACCAGGUGGCUCGCGAUUGGGUGCUCGCCUCGUCGCGCGCCACGGGUGCUCCCGUGCUGGAAGACCUCAACGCCCACAUUGUCCACCGUGGUGGAUUCCAAAAGGCGGUCGGAUUCUUCGACAUCGCCUACGAUCCCUACUCGGGUCAGCGUAGCAGUGCGUCGGUUGCCUACCUGCAUCCGAUCAUGCCUCACGGACCGUACAAGCGUCACAACCUGCAUCUGUUCCUCGAGACGUGGGCCAACACGCUCGAGUACGAUGCCAAUGACACCAGCAAGGUCACUGGCGUCAAAGUGACUACCAAGCAUGGUCUCACCAAGACGCUCACGGCCAAGAAGGAGGUAAUCCUGUGCGCUGGUGCCAUCGACACUCCGCGAUUGCUGCUGCACUCUGGUGUGGGACCUCGUAAAGACCUCGAGGCUCUUGGACUGCCUUGCAAGCACGACGUUCCCGGUGUCGGACUCAACCUCACCGACCACCCUGAAUCCAUCGUCAUGUGGGAGACGCGCGACACGCCCCCUGAAACCGUCAUGUCCUCCGACGCCGGCCUCUUCCUCCGCGUGCUCCCCUCCGACGCCGAACCCAACCCUCACUCCGGACCGGAUCUCAUGUUCCACAUCUACCAAGUUCCUUUUGCCGACAACACCGAACGUGUCGGCUACGAACGUCCGCAGCACGCCAUCUGCAUGACGCCCAACAUCUGCCGCUCCCAAGCCCGCGGUAAGGUCUCCCUCGCCUCCUCCAACCCCAAGGACAAACCUCUGUUGGACUUCAAGUACUUUGAAGACAAGGACAACUACGACGAACGCAUCCUCAUCGAAGGCGUCAAGUGGGCGAGGAAGAUCGCGGAGCAAUCGCCGUUCAAGGAGCAUCUCGUCAAGGAGAUCGCUCCAGGACCCAAGAUCCAGUCGGACAAGGACAUCGGUGAAUACGCGAGGAAGGUUGCGCACACAGUGUACCACCCGGCCGGGACGUGCAGGAUGGGCACCCCAAGCGCUGCUCACGGUGGAACCGGAAAGGAUGCCACGGUGGUAGUGGACGAGAAGGACUUGAGGGUCGUCGGAUUGAAGGGCGUCAGGGUGUGUGAUGCGAGUGUGCUGCCGACGCUGCCAACGAUCAACCCCAUGUUGACGAUCUUGAUGGUGGCAGAGAGAGCCGCCGAGUUGAUCAGGGAUGACGGUUGGGUGGACGGCUUGAGGAAGGCCGAGUACCACUCGUAA